UGGAGAUGGAUGAUGAGGAUGGGCGAUGCUUGCUAGACGUGAUUUGUGACCCGCAGGCCCUCAAUGAUUUUUUACAUGGAUCAGAGAAAAUUGACAGCGAUGACCUUUUGGAUAACACGGGGGAAGCCACAAGUGCCUUCUUUGAAGGGCCCGGGCUCCAUGUUCAGGAGGCACCAGGAAACCACUUGAACCCAGAGCCCAGCCAGCCUGCAACCAGCGUGGACCUGGACUUCCUGGAGGAUGACAUCCUGGGCUCUCCGUCAGCUGGGGGCGGCGGCGGAGGCUCCGGGGGCCCCGAGCAGCCUUGCGACAUCCUCCAGCAGAGCCUUCAAGAGGCCAACAUCACGGAGCAGACGCUGGAGGCCGAGGCCGAGCUCGAUCUGGGCCCCUUCCAGCUACCCACUCUGCAGCCGGCGGACGGUGGCGGAGCCGGCGGGGCGGGGGGUGCCGCUGCCCCCGGAGCCCAGGCCCUGUUCCCCGGCAGCGCGGACCUCCUGGGCCUCCAGCCGCCGGCCGUCUUAACACACCAGGCCCUGGUGCAGCCUCCCGACGUGGUGAACGUGAACAAAGCCCUCAGCGUCCAGCCUUUCCUGCAGCCUGUGGGCCUGGGCAAUGUGACCCUGCAGCCCAUCCCCGGCCUCCAGGGCCUGCCCAAUGGCAGCCCCGGGGGUGCCGCGGCUGCCGCCCUGGGCCUGGCGCCCAUCCAGGUGGUCGGGCAGUCUGUUAUGGCCCUGAACCCGCCGGCGCCCCAGCUGCUCGCCAAGCAAGUGCCCGUGGGGGGCUAUCUGACCCCGGCGGCCCCGACUGAGCCUGGCCCCGUGACGCUGGCCUCCGCGGGGGUCUCUCCUCAAGGGACCGGCCUGGUCAUUCAGAAGAACCUCUCGGCCGCCGUCGCCACCACGCUGAAUGGGAACUCGGUGUUUGCCGGGGCCGGGGUGCCGGGGACGGCGGCGGGAGGGGCCGCGGGCCCGGGGGGCCAGCCGCUGGCGGUGGCCUCGGGCCUCGGGGCCUCCUCGCUGGUGCCGGCGCCCAACGUCAUCCUGCACCGCACCCCGACGCCCAUCCAGCCCAAGCCGGCGGGCGUCCUGCCCCCGAAGCUCUACCAGCUCACGCCCAAGCCUUUCGGCACGGCCGGCGCCACGCUCACCAUCCAGGGCGAGGCAGGUGGUCUGCCGCAGCCCCCCAAGGCUCCCUCCAACCUGACCUUCAUGGCCGCGGGCAAGGCGGGCCAGAACGUGGUGCUGUCCGGCUUCCCGCCCGCGCUGCCGGCCAACGUCUUCAAGCCGCCCCCUGCCACGGUGGGCAGCACGCCGGGCACCUCGGCUGCUCCGCCGCCCGGCGCCCUCAGCAAGCCCAUGAGCGUCCAUCUGCUGAACCAGGGCAGCAGCAUCGUGAUUCCCGCCCAGCAUAUGCUCCAGGGCCAGAACCAGUUCCUGUUGCCCGGAGCCCCAACCGUCCAGAUCCCCCAGCCGCUCUCGGCCCUCCCUGCCAACGUGGGCGGACAGAUUCUGGCCGCCGCCGCCGCUGCCCCCCACCCUGGGGGCCAGCUCAUCGCCAACCCCAUCCUCACCAACCAGAACCUGGCAGGGCCGCUCAGCCUGGGCUCCGUGCUGGCGCCCCACGCAGGCAGCCACGGGGCCGCCCACAUCCUCUCGGCGGCGCCCAUCCAGGUGGGCCAGCCCACCCUCUUCCAGAUGCCCGUGUCCCUGGCCGCCGGCAGCCUGCCCACCCAGAGCCAGCCCGCGCCCGCCGGCCCCACCGCCACCGCCACCGUCCUGCAGGGGGUCACGCUGCCCCCCAGCGCCGUGGCCAUGCUCAACGCGGCCGAGGGCCUGGUCCAGCCCGCGGCGGCCCCGGCCAGCGGUGAGGCGGCGUCCGUCCUCACCGUACAGGCGGCCCCCCAGACCCCCUCGGCUGCCGCCGCGGUGCCACCCGCGGCCCCCCUCCCUCUGGGCCUCCCCCAGCAGCAGGCCCCCCAGGCCUCGGCCACCCCCCAACCCACGACGCCCCAGCCGAGCCCCGGCCUGGCGUCCAGCCCUGAGAAGAUUGUCCUGGGACAGCCAGCCACCACCACCGCCGUCAUUGCUCAGGAGUCCAUGCAGAUGUUCCUGCCCCAGAAGGAGAGGAGCCAGCAGUCCCCGUACCUCCCGCUGCCCAUGGAGGGCGCCCACCUCUCCCUGCCUCUGCCCGCCUACAGCGUCGCUGUCUCGGCCCCCAGCACCUCGAGCAGCACCCCCGCCUCUGUCAUAGUGAGCAGUGGUGUGGGCCAGCCGCAGGCCCGAGACCCAGCCCCGGGCGCCCCGGACACCAAAGGAGCCGGCCUCAUACCUCAGUUCCCCACCAGCCAGACUCCCCCGGCCCUGACCCCCCAGAUCUCAGUCUCUCAGCAGAAGGUCCCAGGGGCUUCCUCGUCCCCAUCGCUACCUCACCCGCAGCCGCUGGGCGACAGCCCUCACCUGCCUUCCCCCCACCCCGCCCGGCCCCCCUCGAGACCCCCCUCCAGGCCCCACUCGCGCCCGCCCUCGCAGCCCCAGAGCAUGUCCCGGCCGCCCUCGGAGCCCACCCUGCACCCCUGCCCUCCGCCCCAGCCCCUGCCCGGCCUCUUUGUCAUCCAGAACCCCCUGGGCGCUUCCUCCCACAGCGCCCCUGCUCCAGCCCCGACUCCUCCACUGCGGCCCCCCUCGCAGCCCCCCGAGGGCCCGGCGCCUCCCCCUCCACACCUGCAGGCGCAGCUAGCCGCCCCCGCCUCCUCGGACGCCACCUCCAGGCUGCCUGCCCCGGUGCCCUCCGAGGCCCCCCACUCGAACUCGCCCCACUUCCAGCUCCAGUUCACCCCAAGCCAAGUGCCCCUCAAGCCCCCCACCCCCACCCCAGCGGUCCACCUCGCUCCAGAGCCCCCCCCACAGCCGCCAGCGCCCCCACCGAGGACCUUCCAAAUGGUGCCCAACCCAUUUCAGGCCCUGGCCAGCCCGGCGGCCCCUUCCAAGCCACUGCUAGAGAGAUUCCACCAGGUGCCCUCGGGGCUCAUCCUCCAGGGUAAGGCCUCAGGGCCCGCAGCGGCCCAGCAGACUCCCACCACCCUCGGCCCCCUGUCCAGCCCGGCACCUUCCCUCCUGGUGGGUGGGCAGGCCCCACCCGGAACCCAUGCCGCCUCCAGCCACCCUCCUGCCGUCCCGGCGGCCAGCACAGACAGCAAAGUGUUCGGCAGCGGCGCGCCAGCCCUGAGCGGAGCCAAGGGGGUCCCUGGGCAGGGAAAGACGUCCGGGCCGUCCCCGGGGCAGUAUGAGAGCAAACUGAGCGGCCUGAAGAAACCCGCUGCGGUGCAGCCCAGCAAGGAGGCCUGCUUCCUGGAGCACCUCCACAGGCACCAGGGCUCCGUGCUGCACCCCGACUACAAGACGGCCUUCCCCUCCUUCGAGGAUGCCCUGCGCCGCCUGCUCCCCUACCACGUCUACCAGGGGGCCCUGCCCUCCCCCCGCGAUCACCGGAGAGUGGACGAGGAGUUCGAGACUGUUUCCACGCAGCUGCUGAAGCGCACCCAGGCCAUGCUGAACAAGUACCGCCUGCUGCUCCUGGAGGAGUCCCGGAGAGUGAGUCCUUCGGCCGAGAUGGUGAUGAUCGAUCGGAUGUUCAUCCAAGAGGAGAAGACCACCCUGGCCCUGGACAAGCAGCUGGCCAAGGAGAAGCCUGACGAGUACGUGUCCUCCUCCAGGCCGCAUGGCCUGUCCGUCCUGGGCUCUGAGAGCCACGGCGCCCACCGGCCGUCCUGCGCCCCGGCCCAGCCCGCACUCUCUUCAUCGUCCGCCCCGGCCCAGCCGCCCCCGCACCCCCCCACCAAGCUGGUGAUCCGGCACGGCGGGGCGGGCGGCUCCCCCUCCGUCACAUGGGCGCGGGCCUCGUCGUCCUCAUCGUCGUCGUCAUCCUCCUCAUCAUCAUCCUCCUCGGCGGCCUCCUCGCUGGACGCGGACGAGGACGCGCCGCUGCCGUCCCGGAGCCGGCCGCCCAUCAAGACCUACGAGGCGCGCAGCCGCAUUGGCCUCAAGCUGAAGAUCAAGCAGGAGGCCGGCCUCAGCAAGGUGGUCCACAACACAGCCCUGGACCCCAUCCACCAGCCAUCCCCGGGCCCCAAGGGGCCUGAGCCCCCGGCCCCGCCGCCGCCGGCCCCGGCCUCCUCGGGCCAGAUGAACGGCACGGUGGAGCAUCCCCCGGCGGCUGCCGAUCGGAAGCCCGCGCCCCCCGCCGCCCACUGCCCCCGGCUGCCCCUCCGCAAGACCUACCGGGAGAACGUGGACGCCCUGGGCGGCUGCCGGCCUGGCGCCCCGCGGGCAGCUGCGGGGGGGAGCCCGGCCCCGGCGCCCCUCAUCAAGGGGGACGACGCGGCCGGCGGCCUCAUCCGGGAGCUGGCCGAGGUGGAGGACGAGCUGUACCAGCGGGUGAUGAAGGCCGGUCCUCUGGACGUGGUGACCGGUGGGGCUGGCCCCGGGCCUGGGGGGGAGCCUGCCUGGGAGGCACCUCCUCUUCCCCCUGCUAAGAGGCGCAAGUCGGAGUCCCCAGACAUGGACAACGCCAGCUUCUCGAGCGACAGCCCCCAGGAUGACUCUCUGACCGAGCACCUCCAGAGCGCCAUCGACAGCAUCCUCAACCUCCAGCAGGCGGCCCCCCAGCCCUCCGGCCGGACUGCAGGGGCCCCCUCCUACCCCCACCCCGCAGCCUCCCCCCCCCUGCACCGGCCCGACGGCUACCUGGGCCCCAGUCACAACGGGGGCCUGGGCGCCAGGACGUUGAACAGAUAACAGCAGAGCACCCCCUCCCUGCCCCUGCCCCCCCCCCCGACGGCCCCAAGGACCCUGGGGAGACGGCGGCCCCUUCCCCCCUCCCCGGCGGCUUGGACCCGGCUGCUUCUUUCCUAAGUUAUUCCAGUGAUCGCUCGGGCCCCAAAACACUAAGCAAGGUGGGGGAGGGGCCGGGGAACCGGGGGUCCUGCCCCGGGGGAGGGGCAGGAGGGACGCUGGUUACUGCCACUGUGUGUACGUCGGCGUGUGUCUGAGAGAGCGAGAGCGAACGUGCGGGGAACACUAGGCUGGGGAGAGGGAGGAGGACGCCGGGCCGAGCCCGCAGGAGAGGCAGGGACUUGCCCAAGGUCACACAGCGAGCCAGGAGCAGCAUCGGGGUCCGGCCGUCCCCCAGCUUGCCAGAUAACUGCACCACCGUGCCUCCCACCGUGGCUCUUCACCAAGGGGGCUCUUUUCUAGCCCUCCGAGGAGCUCUGUAUGUGUGCGUGCGAGCAUGUGCGUGUGUGUGUGCGUGUGCGCGCGUGUGUGCAUGCCCCCCCAUCAGAAAGUCUCCCAAAGUCGAAGCAGACCACUCUUGAUCUUCCCAGCCCCAGCCCUCCCCCCUCCCCCCAGCCGGGCUUUGAGAUCUCGGAGACGACUUUAGUACUGUAAAAUAUUUUGUACUGUAUUUAUUGUGUAUAACGAUUUUUUAAGGAAUCCUGUACAUUUAGUAUUCCCCUGUAAAUUAAAGCCAGUCCUCUUUUUAAACCGGGA